ACUUUGGCUUAAGCUAGAGGCGAUGUUCAACUCAAAAAGCCCAAUGGUGUUGGCGGGUGUUGGCCAUGAUCAAGGUGGCUUGGGUUGUGCGGCCAUUUGUGGUGUUCUCUGUGAUGGUCGGAAGUCAACCUUGAAUGCCACAACCUUUGCCCUUCGACCACGACGGGGAACGAUAACAGUCAAGAAAGCCAUCAACACUUCAAAAAAGGCUUAUUUUUCGACUGAUAGACUGAUCAUAGGAGCUUCAAAUGCUCAUACUGCGGCUAUUUGGGCGAUCGCGGUCACUCCGACUGACCAUGUCCUGAGCGCAUCUCUGGAUGGAACAAUUGCGCUAGAUGCAUCCUCUUCCUCAUCUUCAUUCAGUGCCCAGUCGACUGUACCGGGACUCGUACCUGGUGCUCGUAUUCGAACGUGGCCACCACACCCUCUAGGGUGGACAUCCUUGUCGGUUGCCGCUCAUCGAGCCGAUGGGGAGAACAAGGCUGUCGAGCAUCUAGCUUUGGUCAAUUCCAUCGCUGGGACCACAAUGAUGGUGAACUAUACAACAGGAGAGACCCUUGGCAAGAAGGGUAUUGGACAGCGGGAUAAAGGGCCUGGGACUGUCGAUGGAUAUGCCGAGCCUGGAUCCGGUUCGGUCACAAUACAUUCCACCGCUUUCACAAGUGGCAUGAAAAUGGAAGAGGGAGAAAGCGUUGAAUUCGGUUCACGAAUUGCGGAUAUCUCUACGGGCCGCUCAAAAUUUGGUCUGUUCGUUGACCAUUGUCCCUCGGAUGAUAAUAAAAUCGCAAUGAGUAAUGAAAGUGGGCAGCUGUUAAUGUCCGCAUCCGAUGACAAACGACUCGUCCUCCACGACGCUCGUGUUGCCAGUCAAUUCUCCACAGCAGCCCAUCUCACAGGACACUCGCAACCUAUUCUCUCUGUAGCUCUGUCUCCUGGAGACGGAAAGUUGGCUCUAUCUGGUGGGCGAGAUGGGACGGUCCGUGUAUGGGACGUGGGUAUGCGAAAGGCGGUGGCCGUCGUUCGGGAAGGUCCUGCCAUCUAUGGGGUGGCGUGGAGACCGAUGGCCUUUGCGGUCAAGCCAGAUUCAAAGGAGGAGGGUAUCUCUUUGGGAGCGGGUGGCAUUGGUGGUAGUGGUGCCGCUGGAUUUGUGACGGGUGGUGAGGAGGGUAUCGUGCGAUGGUAUCGUGGUGCAGGCGUUGCCUGA